AUGGUGUGUGUUGAGGAUAUUCAAAUUCAGAAGGAGCAGUGUCUCACUUGGGAUGAACAAAUUGUCAUUCUUUCUCCAUGGAAUUUCAAUCCAUUUUCCCCAUUUGCACCAGUCACUGAGAAGCCACACGAAGGUGCAUUUAUCACAGAGGAUCCUCUUCAAGCUUUGAUUGGUGGUAAACUUAGAAAUCUACCAUGGUUGACAGGUGUUACUACAUCUGAGGGAUUAUAUCCUGCAGCACGCUUCCUUAAUGAUGAGGAACAGUUACAUGAAUUAGACACCAAGUUCAACGAAAUAGCACCAUUGGUAAUGCAUUACAAUUAUACAAUCAAACUAAAUGACUUGCCCAAGGUAAACAAAAUGAUACGAAAUUUCUAUCUUGGUAGCAAAACUAUUUCCAAAAACACAACCAAAGAAGUCACACAGAUGAUUGGUGAUCGCCUGUUCCAAGUACCAGCUGCAAGAGCUGUAGAGCUGCAGGCUCGCAAAAAUAAAUCUCCAGUGUAUCUCUAUAAAUUCAACUAUAGGGGAACUUACAGCUUGUCAGACAGGCUGUCACAUACAUAUAUUAAUUUUGGUGUAGCCCAUGCUGAUGAUGUUGGAUAUAUUCUUAAUACGUCAUACAUACCAAGAUUUGAAAAUCAAGAAGAAAAAGACAUGUCAAAUUUCUUACUUGAUAUGUGGAUCAACUUUAUGAGAAAUGGAAAUCCUAAUUCUGAAAAACAUAAUUUUGGCUGGACACCAACAAGUUCAACAGGAGCACAGAUAGACCUCCUGGAAAUUAAUAGUCCUACAAACUAUAACAUGACAGAGGAUUCAGACCUUGGACAUCUUAACUUUUGGAACAAAAUUCCAGACCAGAGAGCUAAAUACUUUCAUUCACCUUCUUAAUAACAACAGAAAACAACAAGUAAUCCAUUAGAAGUCACUACAGUUAUUCUAA